UCCGCGUGUGGGAAGAUGUUGGGGGCUGCGGCACGGGGACGUGGAGCGUCGGGUUCGGAGGGAGGACGGAACCGACUCGGGGCUCGUUGCUAUUCCAUGGCGCGACUGUUGGCUUGGGGGCUCGCGGAGGGGGUUGGGUGACGGUUUUGGAACGGUGGUCGAGGGCCAGGUACUGCGUAUGGAGGGAGUACAGGUUGUCCAUUAAUACGUUACUUUUCUCGCCGUGGUCCAGUCUAACCUAGUCGAACAGAGCUGGGUUGGCGGCGGAAUGUAAUGGAAAAGGACAACGUUGAGUGGGUAGCCGGUCCUGCAGGUGGUGGGUCUGGUGUGUAGCAACGGUUUAUCAUAGGUCUUUCAGGGUGUUGAGGGGCCACAUCAAGCACCUUAUAGGGUUGCCAUGGUGAUAGAGCCUGACUGGCGACGGAGAUGGCCAGAGUGGGGCAAAGGGAUUACUUUUAGUCUAUGGGUUUGUGUGUCCAGCCUAGGUCAUUGAGUUUUCUUUCAAUGACUGAGUCAGUUUUGUGUUGAGGGUUUGUUUGCAUGCGUUCUCUUUGGAGGGGAUGUUUUGGAUAGCUCUGAGAGUUACAUUCGGGGCAGGAGGGUGGAGCUAAGGAUUUUAGUCCAGCUCUGCAGAUGUAAACAAUGAGAUCUCCCAUGUAGUGUUUGUAGUCCUGGGCCCUGGGAUACCCCUGGUCGUGACUAGUAGAGAGAAUGUAAGUUUGAACCACUUUGGCUGUCGAUUCCCAGAGUCUGGUGGUAGAGUGGGAGCCGUUAAUGUAAUUUUUUUGGCGGGGUGGUGGGUGGUCCAUCACUAUCCAGCUGAAAUGUGCUGACCUUGACUGGGGACUGGGCCGGGUCUAUUUUUGAGUCUUUUGGAGGAGGGAGAGGAAUUCGAGUAAUUUCUGGGGUCUGGCAGUUGGAUUAUUCCAGGCCCUGAAGUCUGACAAAUGCCCCCCUUGUCUCAAAAUAUGUUGGUAAGGUUUUCCGUUAGGUUUCUGAUUCAUUCUCUACUAAAAAUUAAACAGAGCUUGUGGGGUGGAUGAUGGUGUGUUCUCUUGUGCCCAGAUGGAUUCUUAGGUGUCUCAUCAGCAUUUUGUGAAAUUUGCUUCCUAUUUUGUUCCGCUUUUCACUCGUUUCCCUCAGGCUCAACCACCAUGGCAACCACCAAGCCCCUAGUGAGGAGGAAGCUUGGGCCUUGUGCUUCUUUGCUCCACCCAUUUUGCUUAAGUCCCAUCCUGUAAAGCUCCUGGCUCCCUGGGGAGGGGAAUGCAGGGUUACUGGGGCUGGGCCCAGAGGCAGCAGCGCCAGGGAAAAGGAUUCGGAAGCCCUCUCUGUUGUAUGAGGGAUUUGAGAGCCCUACAAUGGCUUCAGUGCCAGCUUUACAACUGACCCCUGCCAACCCACCACCCCCGGAGGUGUCCAAUCCCAAAAAGCCAGGACGGGUUACCAACCAGCUUCAAUACCUGCACAAGGUGGUGAUGAAGGCUCUGUGGAAACAUCAGUUUGCAUGGCCCUUUAGGCAGCCUGUGGAUGCCGUCAAACUGGGUCUGCCGGAUUAUCACAAAAUCAUAAAACAGCCUAUGGACAUGGGUACCAUUAAGAGGAGACUUGAAAACAACUAUUACUGGGCUGCUUCAGAAUGUAUGCAGGAUUUUAACACCAUGUUCACCAAUUGUUACAUCUACAACAAGCCCACUGAUGAUAUUGUCCUGAUGGCACAAACAUUGGAAAAGAUCUUCCUACAGAAAGUGGCAUCGAUGCCACAAGAGGAACAAGAGCUUGUGGUGACCAUCCCUAAGAACAGCCACAAGAAGGGGGCCAAAUUAGCAGCACUCCAGGGCAGCAUCACCAGUGCCCACCAGGUGCCGGCUGUUUCUUCUGUGUCUCACACAGCUCUAUAUACUCCACCACCUGAGAUACCUACCACUGUCCUCAACAUUCCCCACCCAUCAGUCAUCUCUUCUCCCCUUCUCAAGUCCUUACACUCUGCUGGACCCCAGCUCCUUGCCGUCUCUGCAGCUCCCCCAGCCCAGCCCCUUGCCAAGAAAAAAGGCGUAAAGCGGAAAGCAGAUACUACCACACCUACUCCUACAGCCAUCCUGGCUCCUGGUUCCCCAGCUAGCCCCCCUGGGAGUCUUGAGCCUAAGGCAGCACGUCUUCCCCCUAUGCGUAGAGAGAGUGGCCGCCCCAUCAAGCCCCCACGCAAAGACUUGCCUGACUCUCAGCAACAACACCAGAGCUCCAAGAAAGGAAAGCUGUCGGAACAGUUAAAACAUUGCAAUGGCAUUUUGAAAGAGUUGCUCUCUAAGAAGCAUGCUGCCUAUGCCUGGCCUUUCUAUAAACCAGUGGACGCUUCUGCUCUUGGCCUGCAUGACUACCAUGACAUCAUUAAGCACCCCAUGGACCUCAGCACUGUCAAGCGGAAGAUGGAGAAUCGUGAUUACCGGGAUGCACAGGAGUUUGCUGCUGAUGUGCGGCUUAUGUUCUCCAACUGCUAUAAGUACAAUCCACCAGACCACGAUGUUGUGGCCAUGGCACGAAAGCUACAGGAUGUAUUUGAGUUCCGUUACGCCAAGAUGCCAGAUGAACCACUGGAACCAGGGCCUUUACCAGUCUCUACUGCCUUGCCACCUGGGUUAGCCAAAUCCUCUUCAGAGUCCUCCAGUGAGGAAAGUAGCAGUGAGAGCUCUUCUGAAGAAGACGAGGAAGAAGACGAAGAAGAGGAGGAGGAAGAAGAGGAGAGUGAAAGCUCGGACUCCGAGGAAGAAAGGGCUCAUAGACUGGCUGAACUACAGGAGCAGCUUAGGGCAGUACAUGAACAACUGGCUGCCCUGUCCCAAGGCCCAAUAUCCAAGCCAAAGCGGAAGAGAGAAAAAAAAGAGAAAAAGAAGAAACGGAAGGCAGAGAAGCAUCGAGGCCGAGCUGGGGUUGAUGAAGAUGACAAGGGAUCUCGGGCACCCCGCCCGUCUCAGCCCAAGAAGUCCAAGAAAGCGAGUGGCAGUGGGGGUGGCAGUGCUGCUACACUAGGCCCCCCUGGCUUUGGACCUUCUGGAGGAAGUGGUACCAAACUGCCCAAAAAGGCCACAAAGACAGCCCCACCUGCCCUGCCUACAGGCUAUGAUUCAGAAGAGGAGGAAGAAAGCAGACCCAUGAGUUACGAUGAAAAGCGACAGUUGAGUUUGGACAUCAACAAACUACCUGGGGAGAAAUUGGGUCGAGUUGUGCACAUAAUUCAGGCCAGAGAGCCCUCUUUGCGUGACUCAAACCCAGAAGAGAUUGAGAUCGAUUUUGAAACCCUCAAGCCAUCCACCCUUAGAGAGCUUGAGCGAUAUGUCCUUUCCUGCUUACGAAAGAAACCUCGAAAGCCCUAUACCAUUAAGAAACCUGUGGGAAAGACCAAGGAAGAGCUGGCUUUGGAAAAGAAGCGAGAACUAGAAAAGCGAUUACAAGAUGUUAGUGGGCAGCUCAAUUCCACCAAAAAGCCCCCCAAGAAAGCAAGUGAGAAAACUGAGUCCUCGUCGGCGCAGCAAGUAGCAGUGUCACGCCUCAGUGCUUCCAGCUCCAGCUCAGAUUCCAGCUCCUCCUCAUCAUCAUCCUCUUCUUCAGACACCAGUGAUUCAGACUCAGGCUAAGGGGCCAGGCCAGAUGGGGCAGGAGGCUCCGCAGGACCGGACCCUUAUACCACCCUGCCCCGCCCCUCCCUCCCCCUUUGCUGUGAUACUUCCUCAUCUCCUCCCCCCUCCCUCCCACUGUAGGAGAGCUGGCUCUGCAAGGGGGAGGGGUGCAGGGACAUUUACUGAAGGAGGGACCUAAAUGGACAAAGUAAGAUGGAGUUCCCAGCCCCAUUGAGAGUGACCUCUUGGGCAUAGAGCCCCCAUUCGAAAUGACUGGGGUGGGGCACGGGUACAGGGUGAGAGUGGGCAAAGGCCCUGAUCCAGGGUUAACCUGAGGCCAUAGCUGCCCUGUUCACUUGUAAAAGCCCUGUUUUGAGGUUGUUUGUUCUAAUUUAUUUUAAGCUAGGUAAGUCUGAGGGGUGUGGGGCCAUGGUCCCCUCGGCCUCCAUGGGGAGGGAAGAAGGGGGAGCUCUUUUUUUACGUUGACUUUUUUUUCUACUCUGUUUUCCCUUUUCCUUCUGCUCCAUUUGGGGCCCCUGGGGGUUUCAGUCAUCUCCCCAUUUGGUCCCCUGGGUUGUCUUUCUUUGUCUGUUGAUUCUAACUUGUAAAUAAAGAAAAUAUUAUUCAAA